AUGUUCGUCCUUCCCCCGCCCCCGCCUCGCUACACCGUCCCUGUCGCCUAUGCGGCGGGCGCGUCGAAUGGUAUGGCGGUACCGGUAGUUGAGACCAACAAUGUGAUCAGCCAUCCGGAGGGUGGCUGUUCCUUACAGGCCGGUGAAGGCACCUACCACCUCCGAGAUGACCUGCAUCUGGCGACCCCUCCUCCUCAUCCCUCCGAAGCCCCUGUCGUGAAUCCAAACCCCCUUGCGACCGGCCCUACUCCCCCGACAUCCGGUGUCAAGCUCUCCCUAGUGAGCAUCGGCAAUCGGAGCAAGACACCCACAUUCCCUCUGAGUGGAGCAGCAGCAGCACCUCCAUUUGGAGAUGGCAACCCAGCUCUAGCUCCUCCCGUGCUGAAGGAUGGGUUGAAGAGAAGGAAGCCGAAAAAUAACAUUGUGAAGAGCAGCUCAUCGUUUGUUUCACGGGUCAUCACACACGAGGCCGCUACAAAACGGAUGAACGAUCGGAACCCCGAUGGGCUCUUUGCAUUUGCCAACAUUAAUCGUGCAUACCAAUGGCUGGACCUGGGCUCCAAGCAGAAGGAAGAAUCCCUCACCAAGAUCCUAUUCACCAAAGCGCAUGUCAUAAGCCAUGAUAUCAACGAGCUGACUAAGAGCGCCUCACACAUUGAUAUCGUGAUGGGUUCGUCGGCGGGAGACAUCAUCUGGUACGAGCCCAUAUCUCAAAAAUACGCCCGGAUCAACAAGAAUGGGGUUGUAAACAACUCGCCUGUCACCCAUAUUAAAUGGCUCCCGGGCUCAGAACACCUCUUCAUGGCAGCCCAUGCCAAUGGACAGUUGGUGGUCUAUGACAAGGAGAAGGAGGAUGCUCUCUUCGCACCGGAGCUCAGCCCUUCAGUUGAUACAGUGAAGGCCUGUAGCCGGCAACCCCUGCAGGUCCUGAAGUCCGUCAAUUCGAGAAACCAGAAGACCAACCCCGUCGCAUUGUGGAAAGUCGCGAACCAAAAGAUCUGCCAGUUUGCCUUCUCUCCAGACCGUAGACAUCUGGCUAUUGUCCUCGAGGACGGAUCGCUGCGGGUAAUGGACUAUCUCAAGGAAGAGGUUUUGGACAUCUUUCGCAGCUACUACGGUGGGCUAAUAUCUGUCUGUUGGUCGCCGGAUGGCAAGUACAUAGCGACUGGGGGCCAGGACGAUCUGGUCACCAUAUGGUCCUUAUCAGAGCGGAAAAUUAUCGCACGCUGUCAAGGCCAUAACUCGUGGGUCUCUGCAGUAGCCUUUGACCCCUGGCGUUGCGACGAAAGGACAUACAGAUUCGGUAGCGUGGGUGACGACUGUCGGCUGUUACUGUGGGAUUUCAGCGUGGGCAUGCUGCACCGUCCGAGAAUGCACCACCAGUCUAGCGCCCGUCAGCGCACGAGCAUGAUUGUUUCGAAUCCCCAGAGUUCCAAUCGUCAUCGAGCUGACAGCGCUGGAAACCGAAUGAGGUCCGAUUCCCAAGCAACCGCAGAAACCUACGCUAGUUACGAUCCGACUGUCCGCCAUCCCGUCGAGCCCCGAUCGCGAACAGCCCUAUUACCCCCAAUCAUGUCCAAAAUUGUGGGCGACGAUCCCAUCUGCUGGCUCGGCUUCCAAGAAGACUCCAUCAUGACUUCUUCCCUUGAAGGCCACAUCCGUACCUGGGACCGUCCCCGCGAAGGCAUCAACGACAACUAUGCCGAUCAUACUUCCUCGCCGGCGAUUAGCGCUAGUGCUGCUGGGUCCGCCCUGGCUGACUCCACAAUGGGGUCCCUGUGA